AAACGCAUUUGUGAUAGUAACUUAGAAGUACAUCAAAGUGAAUCUGGAGCUAUGUCGAGUUUGCUAUUUUCUCGCCUUCUUACAAGUGUUAGUCGAGGAUGCCCAAAUCGAAGAUUAAUUCCUGUUGCUGCAACAUUUUCCUGCCCACAGCAACGCCAAAUGACGCAUUAUCCAAUAGAUGAUAUAAUUAGUGGUUUAACAGAUGAACAAAUUCAGCUGAGGAAAACGGUGUUUGACUUUGUGCAGAAAGAACUUGCUCCGAAAGCCUAUGAAAUUGAUAAAAUGAAUAUUUACCCAGAGAUGAGAGAGUUUUACAAGAAAUGUGGCUCCCUGGGAUUAUUGGGCAUUACUGCUAAAUCAGAAUACGGUGGAAGUGAUGGAGGUUACUUGGACCAUUGCAUCAUCAUGGAAGAAAUUUCAAGGGCUUCUGGAGCAAUUGGUCUGAGUUAUGGCGCUCAUUCCAACUUAUGUGUCAAUCAAAUUUCCCGUAAUGGAUCUGAAGAGCAAAAAAAGAAAUACCUUCCUAAGCUCUGCUCGGGGGACCACAUAGGAGCAUUGGCCAUGUCUGAGCCUGGCUCGGGUUCCGACGUCGUUUCAAUGAAAACUAAAGCCGAAAAAAAAGGCGAUUACUACAUUUUGAAUGGAAAUAAGUUCUGGAUCACAAACGGACCUGACGCUGAUGUUCUCAUUAUCUACGCCAAAACAGGAACUGGUGAUACAAAACCCCAGCACGGAAUAACUGCAUUUAUUAUUGAAAAAGAUAUGCCUGGUUUCCGUACUGCCCAGAAACUUGAUAAACUUGGAAUGCGAGGCUCAAACACGUGUGAGCUAAUUUUUGAGGACUGCAAAGUACCAGCUUCCAAUAUUCUCGGAAAACUUAACCAUGGUGUCUAUGUGCUAAUGAGCGGACUAGAGUCUGAACGACUCGUUUUAGCGUCUGGACCUGUCGGUAUUAUGCAGGCGUGCUGCGAUACGGCAUUCGAAUAUGCUCACAUUCGCAAGCAAUUUGGCAAAAGAAUCGGGGAGUUCCAGUUGAUCCAAGGGAAAAUGGCAGAUAUGUAUACGACACUCGGUGCUUGUCGUUCCUAUCUAUACAGUGUAGCUAGAGCUUGUGAUCGUGGUCAUGCCAGCAACAAAGAUUGCGCUGGAAUAAUCCUCUAUACAGCAGAGAAAGCCACGCAGAUGGCUUUGGACGCUAUUCAAAUCUUGGGUGGUAAUGGAUACAUAAACGAUUAUCCCACUGGACGCUAUUUGCGAGAUGCAAAACUCUACGAAAUCGGAGCUGGAACCAGCGAAGUCCGCCGUUCGAUUAUUGGUCGAUCACUGAAUGAUGAAUAUAAAUGAACAUGUUGUUGUGAUGUAUUAAAAGCGAUUGUUAUGUACUAUUUAAUGAAGAACGCAGCGUAACCGAAUGCUAGAAAA